CGCGCACUUUUGAUAGCUGACCAGUGUAGCGCAGUGAAACGCAGCCAGCUGAUAGCAGCUACUGAGUCCGCUUUGUUUUGUCUAUAUCGAACGUAAAUGUAUACUUUCAUUGGACCGACAUAAUUGACAGGAUUAUGGCGGUUGGAAGCUUUGGUGAUUUUUUGCCCUGUUUUACAGCGGUGUAGCUAGCUCCUUAGCUAGCUCAGCAUCAAUGCUAGCUAGCUCCUGGAGUUUGUGACGAACUGACAUCAAAAAUCCUCGCCGACAGUCAUGGGGAUACUUUUUACCAAGCUCUGGAGGCUUUUUAAUCACCAAGAGCACAAAGUCAUUAUCGUGGGCCUUGACAAUGCUGGCAAAACGACAAUCCUUUACCAGUUUUCAAUGAAUGAGGUAGUGCACACCUCGCCUACAAUUGGAAGCAACGUGGAAGAGAUCAUAGUCAAUAAUACCCAUUUUCUCAUGUGGGAUAUCGGUGGCCAGGAGUCCCUUAGAUCUUCUUGGAAUACAUACUACACCAACACAGAGUUUGUAAUUGUGGUGGUCGACAGCACAGACAGAGAGAGGAUCUCAGUCACCAAAGAGGAACUCUACAGAAUGCUUGCACAUGAAGACUUGAGAAAGGCAGGACUGUUAAUCUUUGCCAACAAACAGGAUGUGAAAGGUUGUAUGUCUGUGGCUGAGAUCUCCCAAAGCCUCCAGCUUACUUCUAUCAAAGACCAUCAGUGGCACAUCCAAGCUUGCUGUGCCCUCACCGGAGAGGGGUUGUGCCAGGGUCUUGAGUGGAUGAUGUCACGGCUACGUGGGAGAUGAUGACCUUUUACUUUGACUAGGCAUGCGCCUUUCCUGUCCAUUUUGUUUCCUGCCUCUGGACAUGAGUUUAAGGAGGACGAGGACUGGGUGUUGACGGUUGUUGGAUGAUCCUCUCCUGUUUCCUCUAAAGCCAGCGUGGAUGCACUGCUGCCAGGAUGUAAUUUUCUUGUGUGAUUAUUUAUUUUAAAAAAUGCACCUGAAAUUGGAACAAAAAUAAACCCUUUUCCUGAGGAUAUUGGACAAGAUAAGAGACUGGAAUUAUUUAUAAUUCAUUUUCUGCACGGUUUUCCUUUUAAUAACAAACUGACGAUGGCUAAGAUGCCAAGGUGAGACUGUUCACAGACUUCGUCUUCAGCUCUAUACGAGUCAAGCCCAAUGUGGCCUUGCAGUAUUGUCGGACUGGCUGUGGUGGUUUUUAUUGCCCUCCCCUGUGUGCACAGCCCAGUAUUCUCUUCAUCAUGGUGCCUGAGGAUGAAUGUUCAUGCAGUAAUGCCUGACUGUACCUGACACAUGCAGGCAAUAGGGUAGCCUCUCUGUUUCAGUCCAUAUGAAUCAAUAAAAGUGUUAUCUGUUUCAUG